CCUCGUCGAAAUGGGACAAGUGGAGAAACAAUCAUCUCCAACAUCGGAUGUGCGGGUUUGACAAUAGACAAGAAUGGAUCUCUCUAUGUCGUUGACAGUGGAAACCAUGAAGUGAGACGAUAUCGAAGAGAAGAAUCUCAAGGAACAGUGGUUGCAGGUGGCAAUGGAAGUGGAAAUCGUCUCUAUCAACUCUCUUACCCAUACUACGUAUUCGUCGAUCGAGAUCAUUCAGUCUACGUGUCUGAAUGGAACAAUCAUCGUGUGAUGAAAUGGGUGGAAGGUGCAAAACAAGGCAUUAUCGUGGCUGGUGAUCAAGGGCAAGGAAAUGGUCUUACACAAUUGUCAUGUCCUCGAGGAGUCGUUGUCGAUCAAUUGGGCACUGUCUAUGUGGCUGAUGCAGGGAAUCAUCGAAUCAUGCUUUGGCCCAAUGGAGCCAAACAGGGAAGUGUCAUUUUUGGUGGAAACGGUGCAGGAGGACAAUCGAACCAACUCAUAGUGCCCAUCGGUUUGUCAUUCGAUCGACACGGCAAUCUCUAUGUCGUCGAUUUCGGAAAUCAUCGAGUACAAAAAUUCAAUAUCGAUUCAAAUGCAUAA